AUGUGCUCGAAAGAUGUUUCUUACAGGAAAGAGCAAUACAAGAUGGUGAAAUGGGCUAAACCAGACAAUGGCAACAUCAAGAUCAAUGUAGAUGCUGGGUUUUGCCCCAAAUUGAAAGAGUCCACGGCUGGAGUCGUUGUUCGCGACCACCUGGGUUCCGUCAUUCUGGCGGCGAGCAUGGUUGGCAACAAUUGCUUUGGUGCUGAAGAAGCGGAAGCAAAAGCGAUCUACGAAGGACUGAAGCUGGCUGUCGAACACAACCUGAGCCCGAACACUCUGGAAUCUGACUGUCUCGGUGCGGUAACUAUGAUCAGUAGUAGUACCCAAAGCUCAUCAAGAAUCUGGCAUAUCUACAAGGACAUUAGUAUGUUGAGAAAUGUGUUACCAAACUGUGCUAUCACGUAUGUUGGAAGAAGUUGUAAUGGGGUCGCCCAUGAUUUAGCUAGACUAGCUAGAAAGAAUGGUUGCAGCAAUGUUUGGCUGUCUCCCGUUCCUACUUCAAUCAGGGGAAUGUGUAAUCAAGUUCCUACUUCAAUCAGGGAAAUGUGUAAUCAAGACUCUGUAACUGAUAUUCUGAGAGCUGAUUAA